GGACCCUGGUGGAGGACUGAGGCCUCUAAGGAACCCCAGAUAGAACGGGCCCCACUGUGCUGUCAUCACUGAGACACCCUGCCAGGAGUGCUGGCUGAGCUGCUCCUUAAGUUUCUGCGUGUUAGUCCCAGAGGGAUUUGAGGUGUCAGUUUAGAGUAGCGUAGGGGAAGUGCCCUGGCCCUGCCAGCAGGUGAAAUGAUGGCCCUAAGAGUGAACUUAGAAGAACCCCAAAUAUCCCAGUACAGAGUCCCCAGUGUCAGCCCCUGCUGUCACUCCUAUAAGCCCCAAGCAGGGCUUGCAAUCUACAACCUAAUCCUUCCUCUAAUUUCCUCUAUAGGGUCCUGACCAGGACAAUAGGAGCUUUGAGGGAUCUUAAAGCAAUGUCCUCAAGAAUCCGGCAGAGGCAGUGGUUGUGAAAGCCAAGGUGGCAUCUGUCUACUGCAGGGGUGCACACCCUCUCAGCCUCCCUCCUCCACCGUGCCCUCAUCACCUGCCCUCCUUCCACACUCCUGCCUGCUGUCCUUGAGCAGAGUCAUCAUGCCUCGCGGUCAGAAGAGUAAGCACCGUGCCCGUGAGAAACAUCGCCAGGUUCGAAGUGAUACCCACAGUGUCAAGGGUGCUCAGGCCACUGCAGCAGAGGAGGAAGGGUCCCCUUCCUCUUCCUCUCCUCCUUCUAGGGAUUCUCCAGAGAGCUCCCCUGCUGCUGCUGGCAUUCCCCAGGAGCCUCCGAGAGUCCAGCCCAUCACCACUGCUGCUGUCCGUGCUGCUUCGGGCACAGGAGCUUCUGGAGGGGCCGAGGGCCAAUACGAGGGAAGGUCAAGUCCCUCUGAGGCCCCAGCCCCCAGUGAGAGGUCUCAAAGAGACCCUGUAACCAGGAGGGUGAGCAUGUUGUUGCAUUUCCUGCUGCACAAGUAUGAAAUGAGAGAGCCCAUUACGAAGGCAGAAAUAAUGAAGAUCGUCAACAAAAGGUACAAGGAGCACUUCCCUGACAUCCUGAGGAGAGCCUCUGAGCACAUGGAGCUGGUCUUUGGUCUUGACCUGAAGGAAGUCGACACCACAGGUCAAUCCUAUACCAUUGUCAGCAAAUUGGAGAUCACCAAGGAAGAGAAUCUGAGUGGUGACAGGGGCUUUCCCAAGACCGGGCUCCUGAUGCCUCUCCUGGGCAUCAUCAUCUUGAAUGGCAACCGGGCCACUGAGGACGAGAUCUGGAAAUUCCUGAGUUUCCUGGGGAUCUACGAUGGGAAGAGGCUUUUCUUCUUUGGGGAGCUCAGGAAGCUCAUCACCAAAGAUUUGGUGCAGGAAGAGUACCUGGAGUACCGGCAGGUGCCCAACAGUGAUCCUCCAUGCUACGAAUUCCUGUGGGGCCCCAGAGCCCACGCUGAAGCCAGCAAGACAAAAGUUGUAGAGUUUUUGGUCAAGAUCAAUGAUACCGACCCUCAUGCUUUCCAAAACCUGUAUGAAGAAACCUGGGUAGAUGAGGCAAAGAGAGCAGCAGCCGGAGAAUGA